AGCAGAAGAGAACAUCAACAUCAACGACGACGACGACGAAAGUUUUGUUGGAGAAUGGAGCACAUAUGGCAGUCUUGAAAAUAUUCGCGAACUAUGCGGUCGCAUUACGAUGAAUUCGCUUCCAGUAGCGGUGGUGGUGGCGGUGAUACGACAAAUAAAUUUUUGAAUACUAGCAAUAACCAUAAUAACAACAACAACAACUACUACAACAAUUAUAACUACAAUAGUAGCAAUAGUGCGAUACCAUAUCACGCCCGUGAAAAUUCGCUUCCAUUCAGUUACGGGCAAAUUAGCAAAACAUCAACGCCAUUAAGGCCAACAGCAACAACAACAACAAAUAAAGCGUCGUCGUCAUCGUUGUCGGUGGCGUCACGCAGUUACAAUAAAAACGGUGUUGAAAAUGAUUUCGACUUUGAUUUCGAUUUCGGUUUGAGUUCUAGUCGCAAUGGCAUCGGUGACGGUUACGGUUACGGCAAAACCUCAAAUAUUAAUAAUGAUCGCAUGAUAAUAAACACCAAUGGGAGUGGCAAAGAUGUCAAUUAUAAUUUGACGCAAACUACAACAACAACAGCAAGAACAGCAUCAAAUAUCGAUCGUGCAAAUAAACGCAGUGAAUUUUUUGCCUCUAACGGUAGUGUUGGAGAAAAUCUUCAUCCCUCUUCAUUGAAUCAUAAGACAGUUGACUCUGGAGGAUUUGGUUGCACACAAUCGUUGAGAUAUACCAACAAGACAUUGGGGGUGCCGACGAAAGCAACAUCAACGGAUGAUAUAGCCUUAACAGAUGCCAGUAUGAUUAAAGUCCAACCACGUCUCACUAGUCCCUUGCUAGUGCGAAAAACUUUGAGUAACAGCAGCAGCAACGGCGGUGGCAGCGGCAGCGGCGUAGGCAGCAGUAGAUCACCUACGCGCACCAAUACCAUAGCAAAUACAUACCACUACAGCUAUGGCAGUGGCAACGACAAUGGCAGCGCUGGCGUUGGUAUUGGAGACAACUUUGACAAGUUUGGCGUAAAUGGUAAUAUCAACAAUAAGAACGAUGCCAACAAAAUAUACGCUGACACACUAACAACGACAACAACAAAAACACCAGCUCACCAUAAUUUGGAUGAAUGGCUACGUGAGAGUCGUGAGAAGGUUUUCAGUGAGUACCGUUCCACAACGCAAGAAGUCAUAGCCCCCUCACCAAAUAGCUCGCCUCUGCCACCGCCCAGGCGUUUUAUGAAUGGCACCGUACAAUUGCCCUCAACAUUGCCGCCAUCGUUAAGACAACAAAACGGAGGCGGCCAUAAUGGCCCAGCAUCGGCAUCACAACCACCCCAAGUACCCCAACGUAGUCAAAGUCAAAAUGGCAAAUAUAAUUUUGAUUUCCAAUUCAAUCUUAAUUUGGAUGAACAACAACAACCAUAUGAUGAUAGCGAUUUUAUGAAAAGGCGACAACCAUCAUUGGAUCGUUCACCACAACGCCCGACCACAACGACAAGUCAAAGCUAUCAACAGCUGCAUGUCGUGGAUCAACAUCAACGCGGUGGUGGCGAUGAUGAUGACGACAUGCUUAGAAGGCGAAAUCAAACAUUGGAUCGUUAUACCACAACGCAACAACGUCAGACGGCGACCACAAGCAGCUACCAACAACAACAGAGACGUUUGCAACAGGACGACCAUGACGAAAUUGACUUUAUAAGAAGGCCAAGCCAACAGCAACAAAAUUUAUAUCAAACGCGCGACAUUCCUUUGGCCUCAUACAAUGUGGAACGUAAUUAUUACACUUCAUCACCAGCAACACAGAACGUCAAGAACCAAUACAACAGCAACAGCAACAAUAACAACCACUACAAUACCAUCAAUGGCAGAGAAAAUCUAAGUCCAACCUCAAUGUUGGACAUUUAUGCUACACCUUAUGAUGAACAACGUCAGCGACAGACACAAUCACAGCCACUGGGGGUUAACACCAAUAACAAUAAUAACAAUAACGCUGCUGCCACAACAACAACAACCGUACAUACAAUACAACGUUCAAACUACUCCUCGGCUCCAUAUGGCAAUGGCAACAUGUACAAUAGUCAACAACUACAUAGCGAUGGCAAUAUUGGUCAAUCGCCACUGCCGGAUAGAGAUGCAUCACCUAUUUAUGCCACCAGCACAAAAAAGGUAACUAGCACCAACUCGACAGCGGCGGCGGCAUAUCGGGGCACCACAAAUGCACUGCAGCAGCCGGGCAUUUUAUCAUCGCCCAAGGCAAGCAGCUCAAUGAGCACAUUAACUAUUAUGGAUUAUCCAGCUGCUUCGCCAACCAUAAGGCCCGAAACGCCAGCAUUUCCUGUAACGCCGCGCACUCCAUUCGCUGUAGGCAGCACACUUGCCAGAUCAUCCAACGCCAACACUACCGAAGUGCAAAAUUAUUCCACGGAAACUAUUUAUGGCACCAACUAUAGACCUCGCUUGGCCUCCAGUCUCUCCAUGGCCAACAGCGAACCCCAAGAGGUGGCGGCGCAUUUGGUGAAAUUUGCCAAAGAUUCAUCGAAAUUUUGGUACAAACCCAAUUUGUCGCGCGAAGAUGCCUUGUCGUUGCUAAUCAAUGCCCCACCGGGAACAUUUGUGGUGCGUAGAUCGACCACCUUUGAAAACGCCUAUGGUUUGGUCUUGCGGGUGGCUCAGCCACCGCCGGGCUCAGCUGUAACGGGAAAACCCGAUGAAUUGGUACGUCAUUUCCUUAUUGAACCCACCACGCGGGGCGUUCGCCUUAAGGGUUGUGCCAAUGAGCCCGUCUUUACCUCAUUGUCCGCCCUGGUCUAUGAGCACUCCAUCAAUCAACUGGCCUUGCCUUGCUUACUACAAAUACCAGAUCGUGACAUAGUGACCCCCUUGGUGGAACCCACACCGGCCCAGACGCAACUGCUAACGCAAGGAGCGGCCUGCAAUGUGCUUUGGCUAUUUUCAUGCGAUACCGAAUCUCUGACGGGCGAAGAAGCCAUACGCAAGGCCUUACGGCAAAUGAAUGCGCCCAGCACCAGCCUCUCACCCACCGAAGUGCAUUUCAAGGUCAGUCAUCAGGGCAUUACGCUAACCGACAACACACGCAAGAAGUUCUUCCGCAAACAUUACAGCGCCGACAUCAUCUCCUUCUGUGCCAUCGAUCCCUCACAUAGUUUGUGGACCAUGCAAGAGAAUGACAGUGAUAACACCAACAUAACGGGUGCAACCAAGAAGACAAUAUUUGCCUUUGUCGCUCGCCGCUCGGCAAGUUCCAAGGAUAAUCAGUGUCAUGUAUUCUGUGAUUUGGCCAUAAAUCAGCCAGCCUCUGCCAUAGUGUCGUUUGUGAAUAAAACCCUGCCCACAGAGAAGCAGAGGAACUAUGUACUUUGAGAGCAGUUAACAGCUACUGGAACAAUAACCCCCACAACAACAACAACAACCAAUCAACAAAUAUCAAUAAAAUUAACGAAUUUCGAAAACCAGAAACGAGAAGAUUCUUUAAUAACAAUCACAUCAGCAAUAAAUACUACCAUUACGACCACGAUGACGCCGACGUCGACGUCGAGUAAUAAUAAUAACCACAACCAUAACAAUAACAAUAAUAAGAAGAAACAUGUAACAUUUUUGCUUUGUAAACAACCAAACUAACGUAAUUUGUAAUUCUAUCAACUUUUAAAUAUCUAUCUAUCUAUCUAUGUAUGUGUAAAUUGCGAUAUCUACUCUAAAUUUCUAUAUACAUGUAUGUACCUUAUCUGUGUAUGUAUGUAUGUGAGUAACGAUGAAAAAUGGAAUGAAUGGUGGUUCUCCCACCUUUUUUAAAUUAA